AUGAGAACUUCCAUCUCCGCUGCCGCAAGGCUGGACGAUGCGAUCCUCGCUUCCUGCCCCGACCACAAGAACUCAAGGCUUAUCAUCGCUAACAGGCAGGGCAUAAAUCAGAUCCGUGCGGAGACGUUGAUCAUGGCGGCAGAAUGGCUGGACGAGAGUACAGAGGGGUACCAGCGAUACAGCAACCACCUUCGCAGCAUAUCCUCCAUUGCCAUCCGGGAAGACGGCCAGUUCCUCGUCACCUGCUCCAACAUCGAAGAUUUUUGCAUCGUUCACAAGAUCAGCCGGUUUGGCGGGAGCCGCCUCAUGCUGCAUCAGGUCAUUGAGACCAAGGAGACUGUCUUGUGCGUUGCGUACGGGGUCUCGGACAAUGUCCUCCUGGUUUCCACUGCAGACAAGAGAGUUCGAUGCUGGGACCUGCAGGGGAAGGACAGGUUUGUCGUGUCCACAGCUAUGGUGCACGAGGCGCGGGUGACAAGCAUGCGGUGCUGCCUGCAUGCAGUGAAGAGAAAGCGCUUGUUGGGGUGCGUCUGUGCAGACGGAGGCGUGUGGAUCUGGGACUACAUGAGGCACACGCUGCUCAGCAAGAUCGUCCUGCAGCCUCGGAACUUCCCGUUGCCGUCGCCCCUCAAGGAACGGGCGGGGGAGGGAGGGACGUGGAGGGGGCACACAGACGCUGUUGUGCAUAUCGACUUCUCUGAGGAUGGGAUGCUUGCAGCAACAGCUAGCAGAGAUUCCUCCUGCAAGGUCUGGAACCUCGUCCCCGUCCUCUACGAGGAGGAGGAGGCGGAGAGGCUGUUGUGCAUGGGACACGCCAUGUUUCUUGCUGAGGUCCAGGAGGCUGUGGAGACUACCGGGGGCUCUGCUCUCCUAUCCACUGACCUCCAUCACUUCGGGCCCUGUACAAGUUGCUCCUUCCUCCUUCUUCAGGGCAGACAGCUCCUCGUCACCGUCUCCGAGGACGGUUCUUGUGUCGGGUGGUACCCAGAGAGCGGAGACAAGGUUUUCAAGAUCUGCAUGCUGGGCGGAAGGAGAAUCAGAUUGCUGGAAGCUCAGCAGUCAGCAAGGCAGGACUCUCUUUCCUCCUCCUCCGUGCUGUUACACUUCACCGUCGGCAAGUGGCUGCUCUCAGUCAAGUUGGAGCAGGGCAAAGGCGAUGCAGGAGUUGCAGGAUCUCUCAGCCAGUUUGAGGAAGAGCGGGAGGAUGUGGAGGACGAGGAAAACAAGGAGAAAGGAGGAGUGAGAGCGGCAGGACAGACCAUGAAUUGUUUCGACUGCCCCUGGCUUGUCAUUCUCCGCCAGCAGUUCAUACAGGCUGGGAUCCAACUGAAAGAGAUCCCGUGGCUCCUUUCCUCGCAGCUCCUUCCUGCUUGGCUCCUCCUUGAAGUCCUCUUGCAUGGUGUGGGUCUGACUCCCGGGAACAGAACUUCCUUCAGAUCCUCUCUUCUUACGCUAGGAAUCUCUGCAAGCUCUUUCCUCGCCCUCGUCGCCGUCCGCUGCUCUACCGACAACCUCUCCAAGUACAUCCUCAUGAUCUUCGCCAACGCAAACCCUGUUCGUCGAGAUGGGACCAGACUGGAUCUUCCAGGGGUGAAGACGAUCUCACAGCACAUCGAGCAGGAGCAGGAGAGGGCGAGUCUACAGAGCGCCACUUAUAACAGCGUGAGGGGAGCGAGCCAAGUAAUCGACACGGGCCUGAGAAGCUGCAUCUCCUUCUACCCCUGGCCGGGCAUGGGGAGCAUCCGAAACCUCGCCUACGUCAAGCAGGGGGACUUACUCGGGUCCUCCUCCUCGCCCAUCGACAAAGUCCAGGUGGAGGCGACGCACCUCAGCAGGCUGUCGCAGCGAUCAGGGGCGGAGGAGCUGCUAGCCUCGCUGCAGUCGAUGAGAGCACUGGACGGAGAGGACAGUCGGAUGCGUCGUGACGAGUACCUGGAGGACAUGACCAGCCCGGGCAUGACCAAGGUGGUGAAGGAGAUCUUGCAGGAGGAGGAGGCGAACUCGCACAGGAAGCGAGAAGGAAGCAGAAUCGUCUCAUACUAUCCCUCCUCCUCGCCCAGGAGCCGAGUGAAUGUCGCUGCUGCGGCAAGGAAGGCAGCUGCCACGUCAUCCUCUGCUCCGUCGGACAAGAGCUGGAGCUCUCGUCCGAAGAAGGUGGUGGAAGUCAAGAUGAACAGCCUGCCGACCUUCGGAGGAGGCGAGGGGCUGGCUUCAUCGUUGGAGGGCGAGCAGAGCAACCGCAACGGUGAGAGAAGGAGAGGAGGAUGCGAGGGAAAGUGA